AUGAAAAAUGGAACCUCAGAGGCUAUACGCAACAGGGUAGUAAAUUCAGAAAAUGUAAAACGUGUGUCUGAUCACGUUCCUAGACAUUUGAAACCUCUAAAUGAUGAACAAUUAGGUCAUUAUCUAGCAGGAUUAAUAGACGGGUAUGGUCAAUUUUCAGAUUGA